UGUAACAGUAACAUCAUGAAACACCUGAAUGCAGUUUCUUUCACAUCAGAUUCAACGCUCCCAACUCAACUCACAACUCAACAUUCAACAACACCAAUCAAAUAUUCAGUUCCGCCACAUGAUUCCAUUGUGAAGACUUCAUCACCUUCUGGCAUCAUGAUGAAGCGUGGUUACAAAUCCAAGUCAUGGAAUGGUUCUCAGAAUUGCAGGGUUCCUUUGCUUGUCAUUUCUCUUGGAUUGAUGCUGAUGCUAGUGUUAGUGAUUGUUUUUGUAGUGCUUCAGAAUGAUGAUGGAAAACCUAAUUUAGCUCAUGAAAUUAAUGAUGGCCAGAAAACAAGUUUAUCUUCAGAAAUACCUCAACAAAAGUGGAAUAACUUCGACUCGGUGGUGAAAUUGAAGCCAACAAGAGAGACUAGGAAUGGAACAGAUGUGAUUUGGCAAGUGCCUGAAGCACCCAAAGGUGUUCUCUUUCUGGCACAUGGAUGCGAUGGCCGUGCCGUUAACUUUUGGGACCGAUCCCCUCAGUGCCCUGAUUGCGUUGGUUUGCCUGAAGAACGGCUGCUUGUUCUUAACGCCCUUGCUCGGGGUUUUGCCGUGAUCACCAUUUCGAGUGCUGGAAGAUGUUGGGCUUAUAAUGGUGUGGAAAAGUUUGUAGUCAAAGACAUUAUCAAAUGGUUUGUUGGUAAAGAGAAGCUUGAGAAACUUCCCCUGGUGGCUCUUGGUGCUUCGUCUGGGGGAUAUUUUGUAUCAUUGCUUCCAACCAUUAUGAAGUUUAAUAGUAUUGUCCUCAUGAUUGCCGAGGGAAUGUUUGAGAAAUUUGAUGUUGAAGAAAACUACCCGCCUACCCUAUUCGUUCACAUGCCAAAGGAUCUGUAUAGGCAGCAGAAAAUAGAUGAAUAUGUGGAGAUUUUGAAAGAGAAAGGGAUUGCUGCUGAUGUUGUUGAAUGCAUGGAGCUCCCAUUAUCACCAAACUUUUUAGCAGAUAGAGUUCCAGGUCUUGAUCAGAGACUUUCCCGAAGGUUAUUCGAAUUCUUUCGCAAAGAGGGAUUUAUUGAUCGCAAUGGAUAUAUGAAGAAAGACGGCCGGGUAACAAAAUGGAGAAAGGUACUUCAGGAGAAGAAAAAUUUCUUGGUGGAUAAGCAUCUCGUACCUCAUAUCCAGGAGGAGCUAAACCUUGCAUUUGCGUAUCAUGAGAUGACUAGUGUGCAUUCAGAUAAAAUCUUCAAGUGGUUUGAAUCUCAUAUGAGCUGAACAGACCAGAAUUGCGAUGCGCUCUCGUGUUUAAAUUGCUAAUGCUAUCUCCUGAAAAAUGAAAACUGUAUCCAAUCCAAAGGGCUGAAAUUUUCUAAUUGGAUGUCA